AGCCAGUUUCGGACAUAUUAUUCUGUUUUCUUUUCACUAAAUUUAUGUAAAUAUAAGAAAAAAUGGCACAAGAUCUUGUCGAUCCCAAAGAGGCCACGAUAAAACGACGUAAAUCAGACUCCAACUUGAUCAUCCAUCGAAGUCAUGAACCUCGUAAACGCAACUUGCCAAUAGGGCAGCAUUUUAACCGUUCCUUAUCGAUUGCUAUGACAGAAAGACAACUAACACGUAUCAGAAAAGACGAUGAUCCUCAAGAAGAUACGUUUUAUCGAGCACUCGAAAUCAAAUUUCACCAUUCAGUGGGCAGCAUGAGUAUAAGUCCUGCAAGCAGAGACGUUGUCUUGGCAGGACGACAAGGUUUAGUCGUGAUUGAUCUUGAAGAUCCUUGGUUAAUCCCGAGAAUCUUGCCUCACAUGUCCAAGUGGGAAGUGGCAGAUGUCCAAUGGAGUCCACAUAUCGCUCGAGAAUCCUGGGUUGCUUCUACUUCAAAUCAAAAGCUACUUGUAUGGAACUUAAAUUACUCAGGUUCAAGAGCCAUUGAGUAUGUAUUUCAUGCACAUGCAAGAGCCAUUUCAGACAUCAACUGGUCUCCUCAUCAACCGGAUAUCUUGGCUACUUGUUCAGUAGAUACCUAUGUUCAUUUGUGGGAUUUAAGAGAAUCUCAUAUUACAUCAAAAGAUCAAGAUGACGAUAGAGAAAUGCGAUCCAGUUGUUCAUUUACACCUUGGAAUGCUGCUGCAACACAAGUCAAAUUUAACAGGAAAAGUGAGUUCUUGAUUGCUUCAGCACAUGAUAAAGAUGUCAAGAUUUGGGAUAUUCGAAAAGGUGCUGUUCCAAUCACAAGUAUCACUGCACAUUCAAAAAAGAUUUAUGGUAUUGAUUGGAGUAGACAAAAUGAUCAUGACAUUGUCACUUGUAGUUUAGAUAAACUCGUCAAGUUUUGGAAUAUUCAUACACCAGAGAAGGAGGAAGAAGUGAUUGUGACUGAUACACCUAUUUGGCGUGCUAGAAAUACACCUUUUGGGAAUGGUGUAUUGAUCAUGCCUCAAAGAACAGAUUCUAAAUUAACACUUUACAGUAGAGCAUGUGCAGAAACACCUGUGCAUGCAUUUGAUGGUCAUCAAGACACUGUUAAGGAGUUUGUAUGGCGUUGGAAAGGAGACAUGAAUGGAUCUGACGGAGACGAUAGAGAAUUUCAGUUGGUAACUUGGUCCAAAGACCAAAACCUAAGACUCUGGCCUGUCUCUAAAGAAAUCAUGCAAUCCGUGGGCCAUGAACCCAGCAAGACAAAGACAAAACUCUCUGCUCCUUCUAUUGCGCUUGAGAAAAACAAGACAGGCAGCACACACUCUUUUCAACAAGAACCCAUGGAGAAAUCUACAACCGACCUACGUCCAUUCUCCUCACUCUCUUCAACAGGACCUGUUCGACUUACACCCAACAGUAGUAAUUCUACGAGUAUGUUGCCUUAUCGUCCCAAUACCAUCAAUCAUGCUACCACAGGUUACGAGCAAAACAAUGCUUACCGAGAACAAAAAUACUCUGCUAUUAAUCCUUUGUUAUGGAUGCAAAAUGUCAAGACAGUAGGACCACCUGGUGGCGAGAUUCGGCGUGAUGCCACCACAGCAGAAAACAGUUAUCAGUCAGUUGCUGAUGAAAUGUCAACUGUUCUCAACAAGUAUUUACCCGUUGGCGUCAAGACAGAGAAAAUCAAUGCUGCCUCACGUACAUGUACCAUUUCUUUACACGGUCCAUGGUCAGACACAGGCGAUGCUUUGUUGCGUAUCACCAUUCGAUUCAGUCCUCAAUAUCCAGACAAUAGUCCACCUGAAUUUGAUAUUCAAAAGAACAGCAUGAUCUCUAUCUAUUACCGUGCCCAUAUGACACAGGACUUGAAUGCAUUAGCAUCAAGCUAUACGCAGAACAAAAAAUGGUGUCUUGAGCCUUGUAUUCGAUAUCUGUUGGGCGAGAAUAUGCAUGAAGAGUCAGAAUAUGGACUAGAGAACCAACAUGCUUCUUCCUCUGUAGAUUCUUCAAAUGGUCUCUUGAACGGACAAGGAUCUACAGGCAGUCCAAGUCAUCAUUGGAAAGGUGCGACUGCAGUUGAUACAGGGGAUUCAGACGAUGAAUUAGGUCAAGGAUGGGGCUACACAGGCGAAGGUUACCGAUUUGGUAAACGAGAAAGCAUGACAAGUGAGCGUGGCAUUAUGGUGGAUAUGUCUGUCAAACAAAGUACAGAUGCCAAGGUGCCAUUUCCCCGCCUUUGCGGUGGUGUCUUUUCAGGAAGUGGGCAAUUGGUCUGCUUCUUCUCGACAUUGCGUGUACGCGAUAACAGCCGAAAAAAUUCAAAUGCUACCAAAGAAAAAAAGCAGCAACAGCAACAACAACAACAGCAACAGCAGCAGCAACAGCAGCAAGACGUAGAAGACAACCAAUCUACUCAAAAUGAUCGCAGUAAUGGCGAGUAUUUCGAGAACACUUACAGCGAUUUUUAUAGACAUCCAAAGACCUAUGAACAAUUUGAAGAAUACAAGGAAAUUGCAGCCAUGUCACGUCAAGGCAAAAAUGCAACAGUGUUAGUGGGAGGUACAAGCGGCGCCUUUGGAGAAUAUGCUUAUGACGAUGAACAAGACGACAUUGAUGAUGGUCUAAGUCCAGUUGGCACGAUGGGAGCUAUGUAUUAUAAAUCGGAUAAUUUAGCCCUAAAUAGUACCAUAGGCAGUAGUGAUAAUCUAUUAUAUCAUGGUGCUAAAGCAGACCGUAUUACACACAAUGUGGUAAUUGCAGAUUUCUCGGAUAAAAUGCCUUAUAGUCCAUGGCUUGCUAAAGAAUAUAUCUUGUCUUCCAAGAAUCCUGUUUCCGCUUGUAUUCACAAUGCUAAAGUAUGUCAAAGACAUGGUAGACUCGACCUGUACAAAGUCUGGUGUCUUUCUGUUGAAAUUCUUCGGGACUGUGUUCCUGCAAAACUACCUGAAGCAGACCGAAUCAUGACUGAUGGCCAUCAAAUAUUAAUUGAUAGUCUUGAUGCUGAAAAAGUCGUAAUGGAUGAAAACUGGCAACGCGAUCAAAAACUAGCAGAAGUCAAACAUAUCCUGUCUCACCAUGGUGGUGUGCCUGACAUCAAGAAACUAGAGAACGAGCAAAAGACAAAGCCAUUAAAACGAGUCAAAUGGGGUAUGCAUCCUUUAGGACAAAAACUAGUAGACGGUUUAGUUCAGCAUUUCAUAGAAACAGGUGAUAUUCAAACAGCAGCCAUGCUUUCAUGUACCUUUCAAGUAAGACCCAACAAGAUACCCUCUGCGUUGUUUGGACAGAAACCUAUCUUUGCAGAUAAAGUUCCUGAAGCCCUCGAAUUAGAUUAUUUUUCUUUAAAAACAAACGCUCGAUCUCGCCAUGGUCUCUAUCGAGCCAAUUCUGGGCCCAAUACAGAUACAGCAGAAAAGAUCAAUAUAACACCCAUUAGUCAUUCCUAUGGUGCCAAAUCCAGUAACAGAAUGCUCUCUUAUCUGUAUGCCUCACCUACAGAACAGCCUGAUCUACUAAAGCGUAGUUCUCGGCUCAAUCGAUCCUGGACUGCUUCUCAUCCUAAACUCAAGAUACCCAGUAAUACAGCACCUGGUAUUCGUCAUCAUGCUGUUGGUAGUUUAGGUUCACAUUCCUCAGCUCUCUCGUCACCUGUGAUUGUGACACCCAGCACACCGCUGUUUAACAAGGAAGGCAAAGUAUUGCAUGAUACAUCUGAACUCAAGAUUGAGUUCCAUAAUUUGGAGCAUUUUGAUAGUGAAAGAUUCUUUGAAUACAACCAUAUUCCUUUAAUGGACACAAAGGGUAUGGCACAACGGGAUGUCUUGAGACUCAAUUAUGCAGACAUGUUGUACCGUUGGAAUCUAUUGGACCAACGAGCAGAAGUCCUACGGUUCCUAAACCAUCAACCCUUUCCUUUGGAUAAAGAGAUCACUUCAUCUCAUAUUCAAGUCUCUUGUUAUGCAUGUGGAACUGAACUCUCCAACAGCGAUAAAUACUGUGUUCAAUGCCACAAGAUGCGCCAAUUGAUUCGCUGUUGCUUUUGCCAUAUCUUGGUCAAAGGCCUCGUCAACUUUUGUGUCCAUUGUGGCCAUGGUGGACAUAGUCACCAUAUGCAAGACUGGUUUGUGACUCAUCGACAGGUGUAUUGUAUGACAGGUUGUGGAUGUAAAUGUGCACUAGAAUCACUUGAUCUAUAGUUUAUUAUAAAUGAAUGCGUUGGCUAAAUGCUUUGAUUUGUUUUAUCAUGUCUUGUACAACAGCAUGAGAUCUAAAGACUUGCUUAACCAAGGGUAUCCAUUCUUUGUCAACAAUGUUGGACAUUCUAGUGACUGGUUGGAUCCAAUCUUGAGCCAGGGGAAUUAAAACAGGUUCGUCAGAAUCAGAAUGAGCAUAUUUGUCUUCAGUGCUCGUCAUGACCAAAUCAAUCAC